CCCGUCGCGGCCGGGACGGCCGCCCGCGAAACCGCCCCGCGCCACCCAGGCCCCGGCGCCGCCGCCGGCCGACCAGUCGGCCGAGGCCGCGGCGGCGCUGCUCUCCGCACUCCUCACGCCGCGGACGCUCGCGGACAUGACCGACGGCGCGUCGCGGCCGCCGAGCCCCUUCGCCGAGUUCGCCUACAAGGACGGCGCCGCCUUCGCCGUCGACGACGACGACGACGACGAGUCCCUGCGCUCGCUCACGCCCGUGUCGCCCGCGUCGCCCUUCUCGGCGUCGCCCGCGUGCCGGCCCGCCGCGGCGCGGCCGCCGCCGCGGCCGGCCUCCCUCAUCAAGCGCAAGGCGUCGCCGCUCGAGGUCCUGGCCGCGUACGCGCCGCCGGCCGCGCCGCUGCCGCCCUGCCCGGCGCUCGAGCCCGCCUGCCUGCCGGGCUCGCGCACGCUCGCGCCGGCGUCGCCCGUGCCGCUCGAGCCGACCGAGUUCGACCUGCCCGUCCCGCGCGACGGCGCCGUGCGCAAGCGCCACGUCGAUUUCCUCAUGGACGUCUUCCCCGAGCCGGCGCCGGCGCCGCGCUUCGUCGAGUCGCCGGUGUGCGUCGCCCGCUGGCUCUG